AUGAUGACCAGAUCUAAGACUCCUCUUACUAUACCAAAGCAAGCAGAUCGAGUUCUUUCGAUUCAAUCUCACGUAGUUCAUGGAUACGUCGGAAACAAGGCUGCGACUUUCCCACUUCAAACUCUCAAUUGGGAUGUGGAUGUGCUUAACUCAGUGAAUUUUUCCAAUCAUACUGGAUAUGGUAGUUGGAAAGGGCAUAGUUGUACAGGUGAAGAGAUAGAACAACUCUUUGAAGGACUUGAAGGGAUACAUACGCACUAUGAGGCCAUUCUUACCGGUUACAUUCAUGGCUCAUCUGCAUUGAUGUGCGUGGGCCAAAAGUGUAUCUCCAUAAAGAGUUCAUAUCCUGAAACCUUGUGGCUUUUGGAUCCCGUUAUGGGUGAUGAGGGUCAACUUUAUGUCAGCGAGGAUGCCAUUCCCAUUUAUAGAGACAUUCUCUGCUGUAGACUGGUGGAUAUCAUUACCCCGAAUCAAUUCGAGUUGGAGUUGUUGCUAGAUGUUAAGAUUACUAGUCUUGAAUCUCUCAAAGUAGCUGUCAACUUGGUCCACAAGGAGUACAAUGUGAAAUACUUGGUAAUCUCUUCUUUAACGCUAACAGCUGAAGAUUUGGGACUCGGAUCAGCGAAAAAGGGAAAGAUGUACAGUUGUAUAUCAUCUGCUGAAUCUGGUAAGAUAGUCUUCUUCGAAAUAGACAAAUAUGAUUCCUAUUUUACCGGGGUAGGUGAUCUCUUUUCGGCCCUUUUAUUGGACAGACUUUACAAGACUCGAGACGUUAUAAUUUCCACCAAUCAAGUUUUGACCAUCAUGUCCAAAGUUCUUUAUGUCACUAGAGAAUUAUGCUUAAAAGACUUGGGUAAGGAGGUCAAGGCUAAGAUGGGGGACUCCCGUUCAAUGAAGGAAUGCGAACUAAGAAUCGUUGAAUGCAUGGAUAUGUAUUCGGAAGAUGACUGUGACUACACUCCGUUUGAGUUGUCAUAG